AAGAGAAGACCCACAAACGGCGGCGGGUGCUGAAGUUGGCGCUGAAUGUGACGCAGAAAAACCCUAAAAAACUAAAACAGAAGCGAAAAUGGUGAGAGUGAGCAAAGCGCUUCUCAAAGAUGCAGGGAGUGGAAUUAGCAAGACUCUCUCUGAGAUUCUGGUGUGCCCAUUGUCGAAGCAACCCUUGAGGGUUUGCGAGAAAACUGGUUCUUUGAUCAGUGAUGCUAUCGGCGUUUCGUUCCCUAUAAAGGACGGGAUCCCAUGCUUGGUACCGAAGGACGGGAAGAUACUUGAGACAAAUGAUACUUCAGAAGAUGAUGGGGUAACUGAUUCUGCUGGAAUGAAGAGGGAAGAAAAAGGAGGCAAUCGGUAAUAUCAUGUGCUAGAAAGAGGACCCUUUUAGGUUCUGCUCAUCUGGAUCUUCAAACAAUUGCCGCCUUGGUAUAUGAUCUAUCUUGUUUCUCUCUCACAGUUGUUAAUUUACAAGCAAAUAUGAGAUAACUGAUGUUAACAUUCUUGAACUGAUGUCCUAUCUCUUCUUACACAAUGUUCGGAGUUAAUUUCUUUUGGUUGUUGCUUACUUUAGAAAGCCAACAAUCCAAUUUAUCUAAUGAGCACACUUUUGUGCUUCAUCUUGCAAUAUUGUUUUUGACAGUAGAGUAGAGACUGAGUUGUGCUUAAUAUACAAGUCAGUUUUCA